CGUCCACACCUCGGGACCAUUUCCUUCGUUCGGUCGUUUCCCUACUAUCCUCCUCGCGUUCAUCUCGCCCGUACGCCGACGCUGCCGCCUGGCUCGCACCGCCCGCCGGCAGUGCCUCAGUCCAGAUCAAGCCCCUCUUCCCAGAUCGGGUCCUAGUUGGGCUACCGCAGCCCUACGCCAGGUGCCGAGUCCCUCGCCGAUUUCUUCGGCGGCGAAGAGUGCCCACCAGAUCCGCCCCUGAUGGACAACGUCGAGUCUGCCCCUGACUCGCCGGCGCAGGCGCCGCCGUCAUCCGCCUCUUCUCUCCCCAAGGAGCAAUCGCAGGUGGAAUUGGAGCUGAGGCUGCUUCAGGCUCUUGAGUUCUACCCUCCAUCAAAACUCAAAGGUUUCGCCAUAGUGUUAAGUUAUUUGUUUGUUGGCCCUUGGGGUUUGGCAUAAAUUGUCGUCACUUAAUGUAAACACCUAUGCUAAUAACACUAAUUCACUAACGGGAAAAUAUGUAAACAAUGAAUGAGCUACCUGAUUACCGUUAGCAUUUUUUCAUAUAACAAAGGUUGGCAUUUAAUGCCAAAAAGUUUGUGUGCUUGCACUUUGGGAGUAACAAUGUAUUCGUCCUCGUUGUUGAAUGAAUGAAUGGUAUAUUUGCAAAAUAUUUUGAUGUGAAAAGGCGAUGUAAUUUGUGUUGUUAAGGUUCAGCUAAAGCUUGUUUAGUGGUGUAUAAGGUGGGAUUAUAGUAUUGUGGAAUUGAAGGUGGGUUUGUGCCCCUACAGCGACAAGUUACAGGGCUCCAGUGCCACCUUGCUGCGCUGUCAUUUUGAGAAACCAGAAACCAUGAAAUUUCCUAUUUGGUUCUUCUUUCAAAGAACAUGACUGAAACCAUCCUGGCUUUCAAUGCUUCAGCUAUUCAUAUGAAUUUGUCGUCCAUCACUUCCGUGAUGGAGUAUGCCUGUAUAAAUAAUUUGCAUGGCAUUUUCAAAGAGCAUCUAAGUCUAUCUGUUGAGAAAAAUAGCAUGUGCCGCAUUGGCAGUGAUAGUCUGAUUACCUGUUUUACUAAGUUGUUUCGCACAUGUUGUAAUUCUGGUGUACUUGUUUUAGGCGUUCACCGGCAUUUUGUUCUCUAUGGCCUCAUGGAAUAUUUGCGAAAAAGCCUUGACCGACAGUUCUCUUCUGACGAAGUUCUACAACUCUUGGACCGCUUCUUUAACCUAGAAAUGCUGAAACCAGAGGAUGAUGAGAAGGAUAACUUCCGUCAGGGCGAAGAAUUUUCGUUGCCAGAGAGUUUUCUCAACAAGGAAGAAUAAUAUCUAGUAACCUCGUAAGGAAUCAUGGUACUUUGGGUGUCCUCUGGAAGAGAAAUCAGAAGGCUGGUUCUUAGUGAUUCCCUAUUUCUUGUAGCAUUGUCAUCUGGAACAUCGGCUGCGGGGAGACACUGAACACUGAAGUAAAGAAACACAUUUCCUAAGCUGUGGUUGUCUUUACUGACUGUACAGCUAGCUUUUGUAGACUAGUGUAAUCGAAAAUAGGUUGAACUGUGUGGUUGCCUGGAGCGUGAACAAAAAGCAAGGAGGGGCAAUUAC